AUGCUUGAAUUGUGUGGACUCAUCUCUAAAGUUCAAGAAACGGAUCACAAAUUCCAACAUUCUUCACUCGGACUCUCCAUCUCCUCCUCCACCGCCACCACCAUCACCACAAGGCAAGCCUCCCAAACUCCUCCUCCUUCCCAUGCAAAGUACUUGCGAGAUGACUACAUGUCAGAAGCAUGCAAAGACUUGCUCUCCUCCCUCCCUUCGGAAGAAGACUGGGUUGCCGGCUCUCUUUGCUUGUACCAGGGCUUCUGGUUCUCCACUCGGCUCUUCAGCGGCGUCCUCGCUUGCCAAAACCACUUCCAAGCUCACGCCUCUGACAUCCUCCUCGUCAGCAACCCAAAAUCCGGCACUAUCUGGCUAAAAGCCAUCCUCUUUGCUCUCUUGAACCGUGCCAAGUACUCCGCCUCCAUCUCACGACACCACCCUCUCCUAACCCAAAACCCCCACAACCUCGUGCUCUUCUUGGAGCGUCAGCUCUACCGCGAGCAAGAAAAUCCCGAUCUCGCUGCUUUUGAGUCCCCGAGGCUCUUUGCCACCCACUUGCCCUAUUCCUCACUUCCACAGUCAGUGAGGGACUCCAAGUGCAAGCUGGUUUACCUUUGUAGGAACCCUAAGGACACCUUCAUCUCGCUGUGGCACUUCACCAACAAGCUGAGGCCCGAAGAGAAGGGCCAGAUUCCACUCCAGCAGUGCCUCGACAAGUACUGUCAAGGGCAGAUCGCGUAUGGGCCUUACUGGGACCAUGUGCUGGGUUACCACAAGGUGAGUUUGGAGAUGCCCGAGAAGGCGUUGUUCGUGAUGUACGAGGAGAUGAAAGAGGAUCCUUGUGUUCAUGUAAGGAGGUUGGCCGAUUUCUUGGGGUGUCCAUUUAGCGAAGAAGAACUGAGAGACGGGACAGUGGAGGGAAUACUGAGGAUGUGUAGCUUCGACAUUUUGAGCACAAUGGAGGUGAAUAAAAGCGGGAAGGUGUCGCCUGGAUAUCAGAACAAGUGGUUCUUCAGGAGAGGUGAGGUUGGAGAUUGGGUGAAUUACAUGAGUGCUGAGAUGGGGGAGAGAAUUGACGGUGUCCUGGAAGAGAAGUUGAAUGGUUCUGGUUUGAAGCUUUGAAGUUCGUUAAAUAGAAACAGUAUCUACAGACUAUAGAUGGAGCCGAUCACGAUGUGUGAUGUGUUAGUUUGGAUGUUUGGUUUGAUGGUGGAGAAGAAAACGAAGAAAUAUUGAAAAAGAAAAAAGAAGAAAUGAUUUCGACUGUUGGCACUUUAGGAAGGUCAACAUCUGGUUGGCUAAUGAAAGUGUGUUUCUCAUGCUACAGCUUUUAAGAAUUCCAGAGGCAUUGUCAAUCGUGGCUUCGUUUCCACAGAGAUGCUUCUAGGUUGUGAUUCUAUAGUAUUCAUGUGUGUUGUGCUAUUGGCAUUUGCAGACGUUUUGUUGCCAACAUGUAGUUGGCUAAUAAAAGCUGUCUUCCUUUGUUGCUCAUUCUAUAGGAUUAAGGAUUUCCAGAGGCAUUAUCAAUCGUGGAUUCGUUUCCACAGUGAGAUGCUUCAAGGUUGUGACUCUAGUAUUCG